AUAAAAAAAAAAAAAUAAUAAUAAUUAGAAUAAAUUUAAGUAUUAUUUAAGUUAAAUCAAUGGGGAGUAUCCUUGGAAACGAGUCAUCGAAUUCAACAAGAUAUAUGCAAAAAAUACAAGCAGCAAUAAAAUUAUUGCAAGUAUAUAAUAAAUUGUGUUUUUUUCUUUUGCAACUUACGUUAAUAUUAAAAUUCAUUGCUAUGGAUUUUUUAAAUAAACCACUUGAUCUUGAGGAUCUUGAAGAAGAACUCCAAAAAGCAUUGAAUGAAGACACUUUAUAUGAUCUUCAAAACGAUGCAAAGCUGAGGGCCAUUGAACAAAAAGUCCCAACGUACGAGCAAUUUCGACAGAUGGUUCAAGCAGCUCAUCUCAAGCCAUUAAGUCAAAAAGAAAAAUUGGAAAAA